CAUGGCGGUAAUCCUAUCAGCUGAUAGUGUCCGCCGCUAGAAUGACGGGCCGCAUUUUGGUUAAUCGGGUUAGAUCGCAAUAGGUCGUCCCCUCUCCCUCCCGCGCCGCGCUGUCAUCAUCCUCGACGCCUCGACGUCGACGGCGGGCUGCGCGUGCUGGCCUACCUACGCUACGUUACGUAUGUGACAAUACGUGUGUGCGAUCCGAUCCGAACCGAAUGACGCAUCGACGACGAUGCUAAUGCAUUCCCCGCAUGCUGGCACGGUGUACACGUAUAAUCGCAGCAACCGGAGGAAAACGAGAACGAGCGCGCGUCGCUGACAGGCGGAAGGCAGCACGCGGGAAUGUCGUAAGAGUGAUAAUAAUCGUCCGCUCGUUGGCUCGUCGGUUAACGAAACCCGACCCGAGUUCGAGCUCGGGGUGGAUAAUAAUCGGAGAGCGAGCGGAGUCCGCGUUGAUCCUCGCGGAGCGGGAUCGUCGUCAUCGAGAGCGAGCGGUCUGUGAUGAGCGACUCCGAACAACAGCAGCUGCACGUGCCUUACCGAGAGUACCAUAGCCAGAACAAUACCAGCCACCUGCCACCUGCCACCGCCGCCGUCGCCGCCGCCGCUGCCGCUGCCGCUCUGGUGGACACCGAUGCGCUGGUGGACCUGUCCAUCGCGCCCGUCAGCAGCAGCAGCAGUAGCAGCCACCAUCAGCGUCUGUCAUUGCAGAACGAUCAGCCGCCGUCGCCGGCUGACCUGCUCCCCGACGUCGAGUUCAUUCCCGGCUUGAGCAACGACCAAACCCUAGCCAUAGAUUCCUCCGGAAUCGACCGGGAGAGCCAGCCUCUCCUCGGUCGCUUGGAGCUCGACGUCACGUUCAAUAGGUUUCCAGAUGAUCCACAGUUCUCGGAACUGGUGUGGCAGGCUGAAUGCGCGAUAGACAAUGGGGUUUACCCAGAGAGGAUAUACCAGGGUUCCAGUGGAAGUUACUUUGUAAAAAAUCCAGCGGGGAAAAUCAUAGGUGUGUUCAAGCCAAAAGACGAGGAACCUUAUGGCAGGUUGAAUCCAAAAUGGACAAAGUGGAUGCACAAGCUCUGCUGUCCGUGCUGCUUCGGCAGGAGUUGCUUGAUUCCGAAUCAAGGAUACCUGAGCGAGGCUGGCGCCAGCCUGGUCGAUCGCAAGCUGGGUCUCGGCAUCGUGCCGAACACUAGAGUGGUGAAACUCGUCAGCGAGGUGUUCAAUUAUCCUCCUUUGGAUCGUCAGAAGGCACGCAUGAAGCAAGCCAUCAUGGAGCAGUUCCCUACGGUGGGAUCGCAUUUCAAUCGUAUCGGUCUACCGCCGAAGGUCGGUUCCUUCCAAGUCUUCGUGGAUGGUUACAAGGACGCCGAUUACUGGCUGAGGCGAUGGGAGAGCGAGUCCAUGCCGGCGCAUUUGAGUCGAGAUUUCCAACUCCAUUUCGAACGUUUGGUCAUCCUAGAUUAUAUCAUCAGAAAUACAGACAGGGGUAACGACAAUUGGCUGAUUAAAUACGAUACUGGCGUUAGCAAGAACGGAUCUGAACAGGGUGAAGUGAAGAUCGCGGCGAUCGACAACGGCCUGGCCUUUCCCUUUAAGCAUCCAGAUUCUUGGAGGGCUUAUCCUUACCACUGGGCAUGGUUAACUCAAGCAAAACAGCCGUUCAGCGAAGUCACGAGAGAGCUAGUCUUGCCGCAACUCUCGGACCAGAAUUUCGUACAGGAUCUCUGCGAUGAUCUGUAUCAACUAUUUAAACAAGAUAAGGGCUUUGACCGACAUCACUUCGAUAGGCAAAUGAGCGUGAUGCGCGGCCAAAUUUUGAAUCUACAACAGGCUCUGAAAGACGCUAAAAGCCCCGUGCAAUUGGUACAAAUGCCGGCUGUAAUCGUGGAAAAAUACGUGCAGCCUGCACGUGCAAAAUCUUUUGCACCAGAGCGAUUAUACAAGGUACCGUCGAAGCAAUUCGAAGACAGGACGACGUAUCACUCGUCUUAUCUAAAUGUGGAUCGCGCAACGGCGCGUUGUGCGCGACUACAACCAAUUCGACCCGUUCAAAGCUUUGAAAAAAGUACUGGCAAGUUUUUCGACGAGACAACAAACAAACUAUCCUACAGACCCGUAUGGCAGAUCGUUAAAGCGGAGCCUAUCGUACCGAAACGUAGACCGCUGACAAGCACAGGCAUGAUGGAAACUGUGACGACGGUCCGCCACGAUUACGUGGCGAAACGCGUGGAGAGGCCAGAGAUGAUUAUACCCUGUGGAAAUAUUCGCACAAGUUCAGCUCCGUUGGACGACAGAACGAUGGCAAGACUGUCCUACGUUUCUCCAGGGCCUAUUGAACCUGUAAUCAGUUUCAAACCGAUAUUAAAGUACCGUCCGUCGAGCCAGCCGCUUACCAAAGAGACAACGCAAAAACUGAGCUAUCAGCCCUUCGUCGUCGUUAAAAAAGAAUUUCAUCCUUGGACGCAGAAACCAACGUACAAGCCACCGGACAUCGCGAUGUGCGGCAAGACAACUUAUUCCGAGAGCUAUAUGGAGAACGAUGCAGUUUCCGUGGCGAAGCCCUUCUUACCCGUCGCGACGUAUGUAUUUCCUUACGGCGCGGAAUUUGCAGAUAAAACCAUCUACAAGGAGAGCUAUCUACCUGGUAAAGCGGAGCGCGUGGUGCCGUCUGUUCCCUGCGGGAAUAUUUCUAUCCCCGACGCAAGAAUGUCCGCCGAUACGACUAACAAGCUGAGUUAUCAACGAGUCUGGACCGAGAAGCGAAAAUUAUUUGUGCCGCGCGCUAGGACCAUGUUGGCGACCGCUAAAAUGCAAUCGGAAACAACGACCCGUUGCGAAUACGUAGCAAAAACGACGUUGCGUCCGGACCUUAUCGUCCCCUCUGAUAAUAUCCGCACACUCGACGUACCGUUGGAGGGAGACACAACUACCGGAUUAUCUUACGUAAAACCUGACGUGAUAAAACCUGUUCGCAGCUACAAGCCCGUUAUGCAAUAUUACAGGCCGGAAACUAAGAUCGACUGCGAGACGAUAAAUAAAUUAUCAUACCAAACGUGGGCGCCGAAACCUAAAGAAGAACUCCCAUGGGCUCAAAGGACCAAAUAUCAAGCUCCAGAAUAUCCGAUGGCCUGCGACACGGUUUAUCACAUGAGUUAUCCCAUGCCAGGUCAUUAUGUCGAGGACGAUUCGUGCGCGGAGUGUCCUUGCCCAAUUGAGAAACAGGAUAACGUUUCGUCUGCUCCGACAGUAGCGUCUUAAAUGUUUUUGGAUUGAAUAGCGUCCGCUGUAUGCUGAAGAUAAAUUGCAAUCUACUUUUGUUAUUUUAAACCCGCAGUAGCCAACGUUCCCUAUUUUUGGGACAAAAAACCUUAUUAUGAAUAAAAUUAUUUUAGAGUAAAAAAAAACAAACAAUCGUUCUUUAAAUUUUGUAAUAUUUAUUUCCAGUAUACUUUCCUCUUUCCUUUUGAGGAAGCUAAUAAUAUAUUGCUAAAAAGCUAUGCCAGUAAAUAGAAAUGAUUGCGCUAACUAUAAUUAUUUAUUAAUUAAUUCUUCGUACUGCAAUCAUGGCAUCUAAAUC